GUCGGUCUGGUGUGAGUUUUGACCCGCUCAAUUCCCUCUCCUUUGCUCCUUUCGUCUCACUUCCAUCAUCUCGUCUCGCUUGUUACAUUAGACAACAGCCAAUACUCGACCUGGAAUAGGACUCGCCGCCUUCAGGCUUCACCCUAUCUCGCUCGCACGGACACCCGCGCCUCUCAAGCCGCAACCACCAUGGCGAGAGUCAACACUCAAGACAACCCCGUCGUCCUCAACGUCACCCCUGCUGAUGACAACGCCGCUGUCCAUCCCAAAAAUGAUAAGAAACAGGACACACUCUUCGGCCCCAACAUCGGCGUCAUCACCAACACUCCCUCCUGGGCUCAACCCCUGGGAAAGAAGCAGCAAGUCGACAAUCUCUCUCCGGAAGUCAUAAAGGCUUGGAUCGCCAAGAGCAAACAGCCCUCCCAGCCGACCACGACGCUCCAGGCGCUCGUCAACCUCAAGCGCCCCUCCCUCCGCCUUGUGCCCCUCAACGUUGCCCCCAGCGAUGACCCGGACAGCGCCGAGCCUCACCACCACCAUCAUCACCACGGCUUGGAGUUUGAAUACGACUGCGACGCUCCUCAGUGUCGUGUGACCGUCCAUCUUGUCUUGCCGUCAAACCACCCUCUCGCCGGCCCUACUGAUAGCUCGGGCGUCUCACGCGUGCUGGUCUACGAGAACAUCUUCGAUGGCGGUUUCGACAAGGUGCUAAAAGUCGAUGAAGGUGCCAUGCUCGAGCUCGGCAAGUACGAGUUACGCCCUGAUGCAUCGCAUAGCAAGGCAAAGGACGACGGGUCCGCGAACAAUGAGGGCGACGCUGAGGCGUCAUCUGCCGCUGCCUCAAACUCUGCUCAGUCUGCUGGGAAUGGCGGUGCUACGAACAAUAGCAAUGGAAACGGCAACGGCAACGAUCGCAGGAGCCGUCGUUUCACAGCCUUCAACUUCCGCAAGCGGCACCAGAACCGCGCGGCGGUCAGCGGGCCCGCGCUGGCUGUCGUCGACGCCGAGGUCCAGCACAACGCCGGUGCCGGUGCCGAGGGCAGCGACAACGGCAGCGAGAAGCCUGACGAAGCAGCCAGCGGCGAGGAUAAGGAUUCGAUGAAGGACGGUGUAAGGAUCGCGAUUAAGCUUGCGGCGCUCGAUGGGGACGGGUUCGAGCUCCCGUCGGCCAAUGAGCAGAUGACGUAUUUGCAUGUCGUGCGCUUCGGCAGCACGCCCGCGCCGGGGGAGGAGGACCACCGGUCGUGGGUCGUCAAGGUCGUCAAGCGCGAAGCUACGAUUGGCCCGCAUACAUUCCACCUGCACGAGAUCUACGGUCUCUCCUCGCAAACGCACUCACACCCCUCUGCCGAGCCUUCCGCCCCCGCCCCCGCUCCCACUGCGGCAUUGCAGCAGCACACCUACCCGCCGACCGCGUCCCCCGCGGCCGCGGCAGCCGUGACCGAGGACGAGCCCUCGUCCGAGUGCCUGCUGUGCCUGAGCUCGCCGCGCGAGGUCAUCCUUCUUCCGUGCCGCCACCUCGUCGCGUGCAAGGAGUGCGCGAUCAACAUGGUCGAGUUCGGCGCAGGCGGGAACAUCGUGCACAGCGAGGAGCCGCCCACCGGGUCGCCCGCGCCGGGCGGAGGGGACGCGGGCGCCGCGGAGGCGGGGAUGGCUGGGGGCGCGAACGCACAGGGCGGCAAUGAGGGAGGAGAGGCAGGUAUGGGUGGUAGGCAUGUGGCGCCGACGAUUCCGCAGCCCAAUCCGAACCCGAACCCGCGGAGGAAGAGGAAGGCCAAGGGCUGGUUCUGUCCUGUCUGUCGGCAGCCGUACACAUCGCUCCUCCGCAUCUCGACAACGCCGACCGCGAAGGAGAUCAACGACGAAGACCCCCACCGCCCGUCGACGUCGUCGGAAGCUGGCGCUGCUCCGCCCGUGAUCGCCGCUGACCCAUUGCAGCAAGAUACCAACGAGACUCAGCAACAGCAGGGUGGGAUGUUCCGCGGUCUUUUACGCACGAUCGGCGGCGGCGGAGGGAGUAACAGCCCCACGCCUGCUGCAGAUCCCCUUGCGGCACCAUCGGGCGCAAACACGACGCUCCCGCCCGACCUCGAGCGCGGGCCUGAGCCUGCGGCUGCUCAAGCGAGCUAAACGCUUUGUUUUCGUCUGACCCAGCACUGGCAGCAGUACGCUUGCCUUGAGCACCUACGUAGACUCGAGAAUCCUUUUGUUUCUCUCUUGGCUUGACCUGGCUUCUUUUCUUGUGGACACUGUGCUACUUACUGUACCUAUACUCCCCACUUUCACGCCUACCCCACCUUGCUCUCUUAUGACCCCUCGUUCUCAUUCUCAUGGUCUCACUCGCGUCUACUUACUCUCUUCGUCCGUCUUUUGGUUUUCCUUAAUAUCACCGUUGUUGCUCUUGUCAGUUCAGGCCAGAUUAUCGAUUAGGUCUGUUGUAUCCCGGAUGCGCGCGCGCUGCGCCGCUUGUCAUACGACUGUGUACUC